CAAGUACAUUGACCAAAAGAAAGAUUUUCACACACACAUACACGUACUCACAGAACACACAUCUACACACUGGAAACYCACAUUCACAUACAGCAACACCCUCUGAUACCGGCAGACAUCUGAAGUGACCCUUGAGAGAGAGAAAGAGAGGACUUUACUGCCUAGACAUGCUGAGGGGGACACUUCUCUGGGCUGGCCUGGUGGGAUUCUAUGUCAUUGUCACCCUGUGUCCAGSCUCCUGCCAGCUGAGCGAGGACGACACAGAGACCCUCGUGGAGCUGCACAACAGCUACCGUGGCCAGGUGGUGCCCAAUUCCACCUACAUGCAGAAAGUGAAAUGGGAUGAGAAGCUGAAGAUCAUAGCUGAGGGCUAUGCUGUGAAGUGUAUAUGGGAGCACAACCCGGAUCUAGAGGAGCUGAACAUGGGAGAGAACCUGUUUGUGUCCAACGGACUCUUUGACCCCAACAUUGCCAUGGAGAAGUGGUUCCUGGAGCACCUAGACUACGACUACAACAACAACAGCUGCCAGGAUGACAAGAUGUGUGGACACUACACUCAGAUGGUGUGGGCGGACUCUCACUCUGUGGGCUGUGCUGUUCAUCGCUGUGACACCAUGGAGGGGCUGUCCUUUGAGAAAGCCACCUUCCUAGUCUGCAAUUAUUACCCAGCAGGUAACUUUAAUGAUGAGAAACCCUAUGAGGAAGGUGAAUGGUGCUCCAAGUGUCCAGACAACCUGCCGCGAUGUGACCAGAACCUCUGUGUGCCUGAUGCCCAUGAGCCUACAGAGGAGCCUGAUGUAGAGAAGGAGACAAUGUACAGCUCUCUCCCAGGCACUGAUGAGCCCUCCACACACACAGCCACAGCCACAGCCACCACCAUAGCCACAGCCACCGAGGACACACCGCCAUCACCACCGAGGACACAACCAGACUACUCAUCAGCCCCUGAGCCAACCAUGGCUGACAGAGAGGAGACAGGCACAGAGCCUGGGGAUGAGGAGGAGGAGGAGAAGUGGGAGGGGGAGGAAAGAGCUACAGAGAGGGAGAAGGACAGUACUAGAGAACAACCUCCAGCCAACGCAGGAAGUGUUUCUACUUCCCUACUUCUGGUUACUAGCUUGAUGCCUUUACUGUCACUGGGAUUGUGAGGGAGUGCAUGAGGGAAAAGGUAUCACACACACACACACUAUCUGGAGCUGAACUGGACAUUGCUGGAAYCUGAAUUACAUUGUGAUAUAAUUAAGCAAUAAGGGCUGAGGGGGUGUGGUAUAUGUCCAAUAUACCYCAGCUAAGGGC